AUGAACAGCACCCAGCCCAGCCCUGUCGCCUUCUUCAUCAUCCAGGGCCUGGCCAGUCUGGCUGAGAAGAAGAUGGUCCUGUUUAUCAUCUUCCUGCUGGCCUACACCAUCAUCCUAGGAGGAAACAUCAUGAUCAUCUACCUGGUGCGGACCGACCCGAAGCUGGGCUCCCCCAUGUACUUCUUCCUCCACAACCUAUCCUUCGUGGAUAUGGUCUACACCACGGUCACCAUCCCCAACAUGUUGUCAGGCUUCCUGACUGAGGUCAAGACUGUGUCCGUCCCCGGCUGCUUCUUCCAGAUGUACUGCUUCAUCCACAUGGCUGUCACCGGCCGCGCCCUGCUGACCGUCAUGGCCUACGACCGCUAUGUGGCCAUAUGUAAUCCUCUCCGCUAUGCCGCUGUGAUGACCCGCCCCGUCUGCCUGCUCCUCAUCAUUGGGGCGUGGACCUUCGGCGCCAUCUGCACCUUCCCGUCCACUACCAUGGCAAUGCAGCGUUCAUACUGCGGACCCAACGUGGUGCGCCACUGCUGGUGCGACCCGUCCUCAGUGAGGCUGCUGGUGUGUGGGGACACUCAGGUGGACAGUAUCGUGUCACUGUCCAUUGCCCUCGUAGCGCUGCUCACCACGGGUGUGCUCAUCCUCACUUCCUACAUCCUCAUCGGUGUGACGAUAGCUAAAAUGAGCGCCGCCCAGCGACUGAAGGCGUUCACCACCUGUGCCGCCCACCUGACGGUUGUGUCCAUUUCUUACAGCUCUGCCUCAUUCGUCUACAUCUCCUACCGUGUGGGAAACUUCUCUCCAGAGGUGCGUAUCAUUGUGUCGGUGUUGUACUCGGCUCUGACUCCUUUCCUGAACCCAAUGAUCUACAGCCUGAGGAACAAGGAGCUGAGAGAGGCCAUCAAGAGGGUCUUCUGCCGACAUAGAGCCGUCUCACCGCAGGGCCGCAAAACACUCAACACACUGUCCUGACCGCAAAACAUUCAAUACAAUCUCCUUUAAAAUAGUUUAGUAUGGGCUAAAAAGUGUGAUAAUUUUCAGAGAUUCCAAAAUGAUGCCAAGUCACUGUUUCCAAUUAUUGUUUGCUGUUCAGAAGGCAGAACAGCUUAAUGUUUACUUAUCAUGCUCUUAGAAACUAAACCCAACAACAUUCUUGUUUACCAUUUGGUUGAUGGUGUAGUUGCACAACUGUAUACAUCUGAUUUAAUAGUUUUAAGUUUAUUGAUAAGAACCACAAAAAUGAAAAGAACAACAAAAGUCCUGUUCAAUCGCAUUGUACAAACUACCAGAUACAGUACUAAAUGGUAUGUAAUUAUACUUGUUUUUAAUCAAUCACAAAGAAAGAGGAGUAAUUGUUAGGUGAUUAUUGUAUAAUUACAAUCUCGCAAUAUUAUUUCUUUAUAUCA